AAAAAAAAAAUUAUGGAGGAAGACAAGGUAGAUAUUUUAAAGGAAGAUGAAAGAGAAGCAAUGGAGGAAGAGAAAAGCAAGAAGAGCAGAGUGCAAGAUGAGAAAGUGCCAUUUUACAAGCUUUUCUCGUUUGCUGACAGAAACGACGUAGUUUUGAUGACUGUAGGAACCAUCUCCGCCGUGGCCAACGGCCUGACUCAGCCGCUUUUGACUCUAUUAUUCGGCCAGAUCGUCAACGCAUUUGGCUCCUUUGAAAUUUUUAAAGAAGUCUCCAAGAUUGCAGUGAAGAUUCUUUAUCUUGCGGUUUAUGCAUGUGUCUUCUCCUUUCUACGUAAGCCCACACUUGUUCAAACUAUUUUAUCCCCUCAGGUUUGCCUUAACUUACAGUCCAAGUUAACCUAUCUUAUUGGUUCUUAUGCAGAGGUCUCGUGCUGGGUGGUUACUGGAGAACGUCAAUCCACUAGAAUUCGUAGUCUAUACCUAAAGACGAUAUUACAACAAGAGAUUGGCUUCUUCGACACUGAGACAAGCACAGGAGAAGUCAUUGGAAGAAUGUCUGGAGACACCAUUUUGAUUCAAGAUGCCAUGGGAGAAAAGGUCGGGAAAUUUAUACAGCUGAUAGCAACAUUCUUUGGUGGAUUCGUGGUGGCUUUCAUAAGGGGAUGGGAACUCACUUUGAUUCUUAUGGUGUGUAUCCCUUUGAUCGUGGCCGUAGGUGCAAUAGCAGCCCUAACCAUGUCCAAAAUGGUUGGUAGUGGACAAGCCGCUUAUGCGGAAGCUGGAAACGUGGUGGACCAGGCCGUAGGUGGCAUUAGAACAGUGGUAGCAUUCACUGGAGAGAAACAAGCGAUAGACAAAUACAAUAGAAAGCUCGAGAUUGCCUACAAGUCUACGGUUAAACAAGGGCUGAUCUCGGGUCUAGGCAUGGGCGUGAUGUUGUUUGUGACCUUUAGUAGCUAUGGUUUCGCGGUUUGGUACGGUGCCAAGCUUAUGGUCGAGAAAGGUUAUGAUGGUGGCCAAGUUGUGAAUGUGAUUUUUUCGGUCCUUGCUGGAGGAAUGUCAUUAGGGCAGACAUCUCCGUGUCUUAACGCCUUUGCGUCUGGACAAGCUGCGACUUUCAAAAUGUUCAAGACAAUCAAAAGAAACCCAAAGAUUGAUGCUUAUGACCCGACCGGUAUGGUUUUAGAGGAGAUUCAAGGAGACAUCGAGCUAAAAGACGUCUACUUUCAUUACCCGGCGAGACCUGAAGUGCAGAUAUUUGCUGGAUUCUCGUUGUUUAUACCGAGUGGCACAACCGUGGCUCUAGUGGGACAAAGCGGGAGCGGGAAGUCGACAGUGAUUAGUCUUAUUGAGAGAUUCUAUGAUCCAGAAGCAGGACAAGUGCUAAUAGACAACAAUGAUUUAAAGAAGCUUAAGUUAAAAUGGAUCAGAAGCAAGAUUGGUCUUGUUAGCCAAGAACCUACACUUUUUGCGACCACAAUAAGAGAGAACAUUGCUUAUGGAAAAGAAAACGCAACUGAUCAUGAGAUUAGAACUGCGAUUGAGCUAGCUAACGCAUCUAAAUUCAUUAGAAAUAUCCCAGAGGGUUUAGACGCGAUGGUAGGAGAGAAGGGGACACAAUUAUCUGGCGGGCAGAAACAGAGGAUUGCGAUCGCUAGAGCGAUUCUGAAAAACCCUAAAAUCCUUCUUCUUGAUGAAGCUACAAGUGCCUUGGACGCAGAAUCUGAACACAUUGUUCAAGAUGCGCUAGUAAACUUAAUGGCUAAUAGAACCACCGUCGUGGUGGCUCACCGGCUAACCACCAUAAGAACAGCAAACAUGGUAGCUGUUGUGCACGAGGGAAAAAUAAUCGAAAAAGGAACUCACGAGGAGAUGAUUCAAGAUCCAGAGGGAGCUUACUCGCAGCUUGUCCGUCUACAAGAAGGAUCAAAUGAAGAAUCAGAGAGAAAUGAAACGAGUUUCGAGAGUGAUCAUAUGCAAGUUGGUCAAACUAGCAGCCGUAGACUCUCAUCAAGAAGGAUGAGUAGACACUCUUCGAGAAGUCGACUAAACGAUGAACGUCACGAUAGUAGCUCUAACGAAAACAGAGCGGCCUUGAAGCGCAAGAAAGUAUCGUUGAGACGACUUGCUAGCCUCAACAAGGCAGAGAUCCCGGUUCUGUUGCUCGGUUCAGUGGCUGCAAUGGUUCAUGGCACAAUGUACCCAAUCUUUGGUUAUCUACUAUCAAGCUCCAUCAACAUGUUCUUUGAGCCUCCUGAUGAAUUAAAGAAAGAUGCACGUUUCUGGUCGAUCAUUUAUGUUCUUCUUGGUUUGGUUAAUUUGGUAUCAGUUCCAAUUCAGAACUAUUUAUUUGGUAUCGCUGGGGGAAGACUAAUCAAACGCAUCCGGUCGAUGACAUUCGAUAAAGUCUUGCACCAAGAGAUUAGUUGGUUCGACAAUACCGCAAAUUCAAGCGGUGCGAUUGGAUCGAGAUUGUCAACAGAUGCUUCAACAGUAAAAAGUCUAGUUGGUGAUGCAUUGGCCUUGAUCGUUGAAACUAUAACCAAUGUUGCUGCUGGUUUGAUAAUAGCGUUUGUGGCUAAUUGGAAGUUAGCUUUCAUUGUUCUUUUUGUUUCACCCGUUAUUGUCUUCCAAGGAUACCUUCAGACAAAGCUUCUCAGCAAAUUCAGCGCAGACGCAAAAGAGAAGUAUGAAGAGGCAGGCCAAGUUGCAAACGAGGCAGUGAGCAGCAUAAGGACGGUAGCAUCCUUUUGCGCCGAGAAGAAACUGAUGAAUUUAUAUGAAACAAAAUGCAAAGGGGCAAAGAAUGAAGGUGUCCGGUUAGGACUCGUGAACGGUUUGGGUUAUGGUUUCUCAUUCUUUGUACUCUAUUGCAUCAAUGCCUUAACUUUCUAUGCUGGUUCGUAUAUGAUUGAGCAUGAGGAAGCCACAUUUAAAGAAUUCUUCAAUGUUUUCUUUGCACUAACGGUCACAGCAGUAGGAGUAUCUCAUACUAGUGCAUUAGCGCCUGACACAACCAAAGCCAAAGACUCUGCAUCUUCAAUCUUUGAUAUUCUUGAUAGUAAACCGAAGAUCGACUCGAGUUCAGAUCAAGGAACAACGUUAGCUAACGUGAAAGGCGACAUCGAGUUCAAACACGUUAGUUUCCGUUACCCGACGCGACCAGAUAUUCAGAUUUUUCAUGACUUGUGCUUGGUUAUCCCCUCCGGCAAGACCGUUGCAUUGGUGGGAGAGAGUGGAAGUGGGAAAUCGACUGUGAUAAGCAUGGUUUUGAGAUUCUAUGAUCCAGAUUUAGGCAAGAUACUUCUAGACAAUGUCGAGAUUCAGUCAUUUAAAUUGAGCUGGUUAAGACAACAAAUGGGUUUGGUUAGCCAAGAACCAGUUCUCUUCAACGAGACAAUUAGAUCAAACAUCGUCUAUGGCAAAACCGGAGGAUUCACUGAGGAAGACAUCACAAACGCAGCUAAAGCGGCUAAUGCGCAUAACUUCAUCAGCUCAUUGCCUGAGGGUUACGAAACGUCGGUUGGGGAACGCGGCGUUCAACUAUCAGGUGGUCAAAAGCAGCGAAUCGCGAUCGCUCGUGCCAUUCUUAAAGAUCCUAAGAUUCUUUUGCUUGAUGAGGCGACAAGUGCGUUAGACGCCGAGUCUGAGCGGGUGGUGCAAGACGCACUUGAGAGGGUGAUGGUGAACCGGACCACAGUGGUGGUGGCUCACCGGCUCGGUACGGUUAAGAACGCAGACGUGAUCGCAGUUGUUAAAAAUGGUGUGAUCGUGGAGAAAGGAAGACACGAGAGGCUAAUGAAGAUUUCAGGUGGUGCGUAUGCUUCGCUUGUCGCGCUUCACAUGAGUUCCAACUAA